UCAGGCGGGUGAAAUUACUGAAAAAAAUUUUCAAUAAAAAUGUCCACGACGUGGAAAAAGUACGUCCUCUGGUUCGCCCAAGAACACGUGGAUUUCCGGCAGGCAGAAAUCGCUUCGCUGCUUCGGCUAUGGAACCUCAAGAUGAACACCGCCGUAAAUCACAAACCGGAAAAUCCCUUCUGGAUUGUAGAACUCCCGGAUGACGAGGCGGCUCGGAAGUUGGCAUCCCGUUCGAUGUCCUUGCGGUGCAUUUUUGAACUGUGGACGCAUUCCAAUUUCCACAGUACAUUCCACGACCAGUUGAAAGGAUUCAUCAAGACCAACCAAGCCACGUUGAGCCCAGUGUUUGAAAAGGAUCGUAGCUUUAAGAUCACUGUCGAAACGUUCAACAAACAUUUCUCGCAAACCGAGAAGGUGGCGAAAAUCGAAACGCUGAACUAUCUACCCGCGCAAGGGCCAGUCAAUUUGAAAACACCGGAUGUGCAUUUCUGGUACAUUGAGUUUUGGGGACUGGAUCCGAUGGAUGUUCCGGGGCAGCCGUUGGAUGUGUUAUUCGGAAAGUGGGUGGUCGAUGGCCGGAGGGAUAUGAUUAAUGAGAUAUCUCUGAAGAAGCGGAAGUUCAUUGGGAAUACUUCGAUGGAUCCGCAGCUGUCGCUGCUUAUGGCCAAUCAAGGUCUGGCAAAGGAAGGUGAUUUGGUAUACGAUCCGUUUGUGGGGUCCGGAUCGCUACUGGUGGCGGCGGCAAAAUUUGGCGCGUACGUGUUGGGGGCAGAUAUCGACUAUAUGACGGUUCAUGGAAAGUCUAAGCCGACCAGGGUGAACCAAAAGGUGCGGGAUGCGGAUGAGAGCAUAUAUGCCAAUUUGAAGCAGUAUGGAUGUGAGCGGUACUUUCUGGACGUUCUUGUGUCGGAUUUUUCCAGGAGCAUUUGGAAGGACAGCAUUCAAUUUGAUAGUAUUAUCACGGAUCCGCCAUAUGGCAUUCGAGAAUCAACCGAACGGAUUGAGUUCAAGACGCAGAAACGAGCAACUUGUUUGAACGAAGACAGUGUUCACUAUCCAUCUACCUCGCCGUAUCAGUUCGAUCAGCUUUAUCGGGACCUGAUGAACGUUUCUGCGCGGUACCUCAAACUGGGAGGUCGAUUGGUCUGCUGGUUUCCCAUUUUACGAAAGGACUCCACUUUGGAUAUGUUGCCUCGUCACAAGUGCCUACAGCUCGUUGCCAACUCGGAACAACCGCUUACGGUGUACAGUGCGCGCCGGUUACUAACCUACGAGAAGGUUUCCGACCGUGAGGAGGAUAUGGACUCCUAUGAGCUGUCUCAGGUGAUGAUUGACAACUUCCGGCAGCGAUAUAUGAAGACGGUACUGCAGAACAGUGGCACCCGUAAGGAACGACGGCUAGCGUUGCGAAACGUCGGUCGCGAUGAGGCACUGAAACGAGGCAAGUUGCUGGGCAUCGACGGGAAGUGGAAGUUUCCCAAAGAGGAGGAAGGUGAUAAAACCACGGAGCAAUAAAGGGAGCCAAGCGCUCGAUGACAACUGAA